UUCGUGUUGCCAGCUGUGGCAAAUUAGUCAAAUUGCACAUACAUAUGUAACGCUGUUCUGUUCAACCAUUUACGUGGCAUAUUUGAAAUAACUGCUAGAUAAACAGAGCACAAGAUAAUUCGCAGAGAGCAAUGUAAUUCUCCACCGUGUGUAUUAUUCGAGGGUAAUCUUACACGUAUCGCGGUGUACGAAUAUUUCGUAGCCGAAGAGACAAAGACGAUAUUCGCGGAUAAAAUGUGCUCGCGAUUGUCUUUCGUAGGCGUAAUUGUACCGUAAUAGUUACACGGGCAAUCAGCGCCUUGGUGUGCAGGCUCGUUCUCUGUACAAAAGGAAAUCAAUGCUCACACCAGCAACGACAGCGAUUGUGUGUAAAAAUGAAAUGGGGCAUUGGGUGAAAGUACUCUUGGCUUGGAGGUCUUAUAUCAGAUCAGUCUGCCAAGAGCCGUGCAGGAUGUGGAUGGCAAUUUUGCUCUGCUCCUAAUGACCAGAUCUCUGCCUGACUCCGACAGAGUCAUACACACUUUUGUUAGAAUUAUCGUUUAACAAAAUUAUGAUACCAGUGUCGUAGUACAACAACAGUCGGUUCAGUGUACGUGUGCAGUGAAAGGGAUUAGUAAAACGAAACGUGGAUUUUUGCAGAAUGUUGCAGCUGGUAUGGAUAUGGUGUUUGCUUGUGUCAGUGGCAGAUUUGACAUUGGCUCUUGAUAAUGGUCUUGUGAGAACGCCGCCCAUGGGCUGGCUUGCCUGGGAACGAUUUAGGUGCAACACAGAUUGCAAAAAUGAUCCCGAUAACUGUAUCAGUGAUCGACUCUUUCGCACAAUGGCAGACAUUAUUGUAGCAGAGGGCUAUGCUGCUGUUGGAUAUGAGUAUGUUAAUGUUGAUGACUGUUGGUUGGAAAAAGACAGAGAUGUUGAUGGUCAACUUGUACCAGAUAGACAAAGAUUUAAACAUGGGAUGAAAAGUCUUGCAAAUUAUAUUCAUUCAAAGGGUCUUAAAUUCGGGAUUUAUGAAGACUUUGGUAACUAUACAUGUGCUGGUUACCCUGGUAUAUUAGGAUACUUAGAAAUAGAUGCACUCACUUUUGCAUCUUGGGAUGUUGAUUAUGUGAAACUAGAUGGUUGUUAUUCCCAUCCAUCUGAAAUGGACAGAGGCUAUCCUGAGUUUGGGUUUUAUUUAAAUCAAACAGGUCGGUCUAUGGUCUAUUCUUGUAGUUGGCCAGUCUAUCAAAUUUAUGCUGGAAUGCAGCCAAACUUUACUGCCAUAACACAACAUUGUAAUCUUUGGAGGAAUUUUGACGACAUUCAAGAUUCCUGGAACAGCCUAGAAACCAUUAUAGAUUAUUAUGGAAACAAUCAAGAUGCGAUUGUACCAAAUGCGGGACCCGGUCACUGGAACGAUCCCGACAUGCUGAUAAUUGGUAACUUUGGUCUAAGUUACGAGCAAAGCAAAACACAAAUGGCCUUGUGGGCCAUUCUGGCGGCGCCUCUAUUAAUGUCCGUUGAUUUACGAACUAUCAGGCCCGAGUACAAAGCUAUUUUACAGAAUAGGAAAAUUAUUGCUGUGGAUCAGGAUCCACUGGGCAUUCAGGGUCGACGUAUCUACAAACAUAAAGGCAUUGAAAUCUGGGCGAGGCCGAUAACUCCCAUCUACCAGAAUUACUACUCUUACGCCAUAGCGUUUGUAAAUAGGAGAACGGACGGCACACCGUCCGAUGUAUCUGUUACACUAAAGGAGCUUGGGCUCCAGUAUCCUGGAGGAUACAAUGUGGAGGAUUUAUACGAAGAUGUAAAUUACGGCGUUCUGACGCCUCAAACGAAAAUAAAAGUCAAAGUGAAUCCAUCCGGUGUUGUGAUAUUGCGAUGCGACUUGCAUUUAGAAGACGUUUUUGAUACGAAUCAAUUUCAACAAUUCUCGCCUUCGAAUCAACUCUUUAAAGUCAGACAGAAUUCGUUUAAGUGACACGAAUUGAACAAUUAAGAAAUUUCUAAUUGUAAUUUACCAUUUUUAUUGUACUUGACUACACAAUGUUACCAUACUUUGUUAAGAAAGUAGAAAAUAAAGAAUUUUAUAAUCUAU